CAUGUGUCAUUGAGCUGCUGAAGCAAAGAGGCGUACAAGGAAGAACCGUAGAAACAUCAAAAACUGUUUGCUUUUAUUAUAUCUUCACAUAGGCAUUGACUCUUUUAUGAUUCAAUCGGGGAUUCUCGCAUUUUUGGUCAUUAUCAGAAAGAUGAAGUUUGAAAGUUCUGCCGUUUCCGUGUCGCGCUCAGCUAGUUCAAAAGUGAUAUAGGAAAUCUGUUUACACAAUUUCGAGAGCAAACUGGAUGGAUCAUGGAUAGACGGAUUGCGCUGCUAGUGGAAGAGCCUCGUCAUCAUCGGCGUAUUAAAUUGUAAAAUCGCAGUUCGAGCAUAGACAUUAUUUUAGGCAUCUUAGGAGUACGAAUCACCACGUUUUCCAUGGAAAAUGGUUAGAUCAUUACUGCAGAAAAAAAUGUGCUACACAAAUUUUCGCAUCACACAUUUGAUAUUCGGUGUUAUCAUACUGGCGACCAUCAUAUUCUAUUCCACACUGAAUAGUCGACAGUUUGACAUACCACCCUUAAAACGAUACCCGGAGUUACGUUCCAAUAGUUCGGAUAAGUACUAUGCCGCGUUUCAAGUGGCAAACUCGACAUCACGAUCGGUGCAGCAGGAGAAACAACCGAGUCGAAAGAAUUGCGGAUUCUUUACCUUCCUAGCGAAUGGCUGUGGUUCAUCUACUAACAUUACAAAUGUGUUGCAAAAACUUGGCGAGGCGACACUAAUCUCAAAUGAGUCUACGGUCAAAAUAGACGCGGAAAAUGAUAAUAUACAACGAAUAGACAAACUAUCGGAAUCCCAGCCGGUGGAAGAAGUCAAGAGGUUGAUCAUACCUACCAGUAAAAAUGUCACAUCCACGGUUAAAGCAAUUCCCGCCAAACCCGCUGACGUCACAACGGAAAAAGUAGUUAAGACUAAAGAUAUUUAUGAGCGUGGUCACAUGGAUGACCCGUCCACUAUAACUAACAUUUGUCCGAACAAAGGAUCUGACGUGAAUCUACUUAUACUGGUCACUUCAGCGCCGACCCAUCGCGAACAAAGGUUGUCCAUUAGGCAGUCCUGGGGGCACUACGGUAUUCGACGGGAUAUAUCGAUCGGUUUUGUGCUGGGACGCACCAUGGAUCAACGCAUUGAGGAUCAACUGUCGGCGGAAAACUACAUGUACAGUGAUAUUAUUAGAGGAAAUUUUAUCGACAGCUACCGGAAUCUCACACUGAAGACAUUAUCACUACUCGAGUGGACGAGCACUAACUGUCCGAAUGCAACGUAUCUGCUUAAAACUGACGACGACAUGUUCAUAAAUGUACCGAAACUACUGCAAUUUAUCGAAUCUCACUUGAGUUACAAGCGUUCCAUUUUUGGACGCUUGGCGAAGAAAUGGAAACCAAUACGGAACAAGAAAUCCAAGUAUUACGUCAGUCCGGAACAGUAUUUUCCUCCAGUAUUUCCACCUUUUUGUACUGGGCCAGCUUAUCUAAUGACAUCAGAUAUCAUUGUGGAGUUAUACAACAAAUCGUUAUCGCAAACUUACCUCAAGCUGGAAGAUGUAUACACAACUGGAAUAGUAGCACAAUUGCUAAAUAUCCAUAGAAUAAACAUAAAAGAGUUUUUAAAUAGACGCAUUGCUUUUAAUCAGUGUAACAUAAAAAAAUCUAUCAGUAUACACAUGAUAAAGACAAACGAACAAUAUGAUCUGUGGAAAAAACUAUCUGAUAACAGUGUACAAUGUAAAUAAAACUGUAGUUAUAAUUUAUAAUAAACAAUUAUUUUAUAAAAAAG